CAGGUGUGAAAAUACCGAAGACACCGGCUAAUUCUGACAAAAUAAGAACGAGUUUUAUUUUAAAAUCGACUGGUGUCAUCAUCUACGUGAAGCUGUUUGCCUGACCCGAGAUACAACUAGAAGGAAUCCCAACCCAUUUUCCCCACUAAGGCCACAAUCAUAUUCCUAAGGUCACCUGUGGUAAGGCCAAGGUCAUGGACGGGGGCAAGAAAGUCUGGGUGCCUCAUGCGACGGAUGGCUUUAAGCUCGGGCGCAUUGUUGACAUUGGGUCAGAGUUCAUCACUGUCGAGCCGUUUGAUGCCCCAGGAAGUACGUUGAGGGCUCUCUAUGACCGUACGUUCCCGGCGGAAGAAUAUGACAACAAGGAUGUGGACGACAACUGCGGGCUCAUGUACCUUAACGAGGCCACGCUCCUCAACAACCUCCGUAUGAGAUACAUGAAAAACAAAAUCUAUACGUUCACAGCAAACAUCCUGAUUGCCCUGAACCCAUAUGCGAAGAUUCCCCACCUGUACAACUCAGAGACACGACAUGCCUACAAGGGUAAAUCCCUCGGCACCAUGCCCCCUCAUGUGUAUGCCAUAGCUGACAAGGCCUUCCGGGAUAUGAAGGUGAGCAAGUUGAGCCAGUCAAUUAUUGUAUCGGGCGAGUCGGGGGCCGGGAAGACGGAAUCGACCAAGUACAUUCUCAAGUACCUCACAGACAACUGGGGAACCAAGGCUGGGCCCAUUGAGCAGAGGAUCAUAGAAUGUAACCCCUUGCUGGAGGCCUUUGGUAACGCUAAGACGGUGAGGAACAACAACAGCAGUAGGUUCGGCAAGUUCAUCGAAAUCCACUUUGACAACAAGAAUUUUGUUGCUGGGGGCUUCAUCUCCCAUUACCUGCUGGAGAAGUCUCGUAUCUGCGUACAGAGCAAGGACGAGCGCAACUACCACAUCUUCUAUCGGAUGUGUGCCGGAGCCCCCGCGGACCUCCAGAAGAAACUCCACCUUGCAUCACCCGACCAGUUCCGUUAUAUGUGCCGAGGCAACACCCAGUACUUCGUAUCGAAGGACACGGAGAAACAACUCACCAACGACCGCAAGAGCCAGACAUUCCUGAAGAAUGGAAGCCUCCAUGACCCGGUAUUAGACGAUGUACGAGACUUCAAGGUGUGUGAUGACGCGAUGUCCCAUCUCGGGAUGUCAGACGAUGAGAGAUUCUCCGUGUACACAGUGGUGGCUGCGGUGCUCCACCUGGGGAACAUAGAGUUUGAGGACAAUCACGAGGACACCAGGGGUGGCUGUAAGUUGGCAGAUGCAACCACGAAGUCACUGCUUGUAGUGGCAGUGUUGCUGGGGGUGGAAAAGGAAGAGCUACAGGAAGCCCUGAUCACUCGGGUGAUGCAAGCCACACGCGGGGGAGUGAAGGGAACAGCCAUCAAACGUCUAGCAAAUAAAGAUGAUGGGGAAGUAAUCAUGGUUCCACUAAAGUACUCCGAGGCAUCUAGUGCCCGGGACGCGCUGGCCAAGGCCAUCUACUCCCGCCUGUUUGACUACAUUGUACUGCGUGUGAACAAGGCUUUGCCAUAUUCCCAGUCCUCCAGUUACAUCGGUCUCCUCGAUAUUGCUGGCUUCGAGUACUUCCAGGUGAACAGCUUUGAGCAGUUCUGUAUCAACUACUGUAACGAGAAGUUGCAGCAGUUCUUCAAUGACAGGAUCUUGAAAGAGGAACAACUGCUGUAUGAGAAGGAAGGUCUGAAUGUGAAGAAGAUCAAAUGGACGGACAACACGGACUGUAUAGAGUUGAUAGAGAUGAAGGGCAAGGGUAUCUUUGACCUCCUGGACGAGGAGAGCAAGCUGCCCACCCCGAAACCCGACCACUUCACCAUGGAGGUGCACAACAGGAACAAACAGCACUUCAGGCUUAGUAUUCCGCGGAAAUCCAAGCUGAAAUCCCACAGGGAUGUGCGAGAUGAUGAGGGCUUCCUCAUCAAACACUUCGCUGGGGCCGUCUGCUACCACACAACCCAGUUCAUAGAGAAGAACAAUGACGCCCUUCACGCAUCCCUCGAGUUCCUGUUCCGAGAGAGCAAGAACACGCUGGUGAAACAGCUGUUUGAGGCUGUUGAGAUCUCCACAGGGAAACUGAACUUCAUCUCUGUUGGCAGCAAGUUCCGAUCACAGCUCGUUGUCCUCAUGGAGAAACUCAAAACUACUGGCACGAAUUUUGUGCGUUGCAUCAAGCCGAACAGCAAGAUGUGUGAUCAUAUGGCCGAGGGAGCCUCCAUUCUGAGCCAGCUGGAGUGUGCAGGUAUGAAUGCUGUGCUGGAUCUGAUGCAGCAGGGUUACCCCUCCAGAACCCAGUUCUUGGAGCUCUACAACAUGUACAAGAACUACCUACCCCCGGACCUUGCCAGGCUUGACCCAAGGCUCUUCUGCAAGGCUCUCUUUAAAGCCCUGGGUUUGGAUGACAAUGACUUCAAGUUUGGGCUGACGAAGGUGUUUUUCCGGCCGGGAAAGUUUGCCGAGUUUGACGAGAUCAUGAAAAGUGACCCUGAGAACCUUGCCGCCCUGAUAAAGAAGGUGCGACGCUGGUUGCUCUGCUCCCGAUGGAAGAAGGCUCAGUGGUGCGCACUGUCAGUCAUCAAGUUAAAGAACAAGAUACAGUACCGCAGUGGGAGACUCAUUGCUCUGCAGAAGACCAUCCGAAUGUGGAAUGUUGCCAAGAAAUUCAAACCCAAGUUUGAGAUGGUAACCAAGGUGAAGGCUCUGCAAGCCCAGCUGACCCUGAUGAACGAUAUUGUGUCACACAUGAAGAAGGACAAGGAAAAGGCCACCAAGCAAGUCCGAGAAAUGGAGACCGCACUUGAGGGACUUAUAAAGAAAAUAAGGACCACAGACAUGACCCGAGAGCAAAUGAACAGAGAGUACAAGGAUCUGGUAGCGAAGAUGAACCAUAACCUGGAUGACCUGAAGAAACAGCUGGAGCAGCAUAAGGUGAAGGAGGAACAGGAGAGACUGCGGAAGAUCCAGGAGGAGAUGGAAAGGGAGAGGAAAAGGAAAGAGGCAGAGGAACAAAAGCGGAAACAGGAAGAAGAGGAGAGGAAACUGAAAGCAGAGUUGGAAGUCAAGAGGAAGAAGGAAGAAGAGGAGAGAAAGAAGAAAGAGGCAGAAGAGAAAAAACAACAGGAGUUGAACAAGGCCCAGAGAGAUAAGGAACGUGCGGAGCAGGCUGAGCGACAGGCAAUCAUCGAGCAGGAGAGACGUGACAGAGAGAUUGCGCUCCGAUUGGCCGCAGAGGACCAAAACCAGGUGGACGAUGUCACACUCCCCCCUCUUACAAGGUCAGAGGCUGUUAUGGCCCAAAGAGCAACCCAGGCCACCAAAAAACUUGACCUCUCCAAGUGGAAGUAUGCAGAGCUUCGGGACGCUAUCAACACUUCAUGUGACAUGGAGCUCCUUGAUGCGUGCCGGGCCGAGUUCCACAGACGCCUGAAGGUUUACCACUCUUGGAAGAGUAAGAACAAGAAGCAGGGAGCCAAGAAGGAGGAAAGGGCCCCACACCAGGUCCAGGAGGAAGCUGAGAACUAUGUACCCACGCAGGCUGCCCCAGCAGCGCCGGUCAGACAGAGUGAGGAGAACGGGAUACAGCGCUUCUUCAAGAUUCCGUUCGCGCGUCCUGCUGACGAGUAUAGAGAUGAUGGAGAGAAAAAACAUGGGAUGUGGUAUGCACACUUUGAUGGGAAAUACAUCGCCCGACAAAUGGAGGUCUAUCCUGAUAAGGAGCCAGUCGUCAUGGUGGCAGGAGUGGAUGAUCUAAACAUGUGUGAACUGAGCCUGGAGGAGACGGGCCUCUCGAAGAAGAAAGGUGCCGAGAUCCUGGGGCGAGACUUCGAGACAGAAUGGGCUAAGGGCAAAGGGCCCGAAUACUUGAAGAAAAAUGCGAACAAGGUCUCGUCAAAGUUUCUACAAAAACGCCUCGGUGUAGCCAAAUGAUGAGAAAUGUUCUAGGUUUUACACACAAUGAUGGUUUUUAUCAUGUAGUGGGAUAGUAAUAUAUAGUUGGAAUAGUACACAAAUGGACACUCUUGUUAAGGGAAGUAUUGUUUUUGUUUUAUGGUUUCUGAUUUUGUUGAAAAUGUAGGCUUAUUUAUUGUAGUGAAUAGUGAAAUGCUAAAACUGUUGAAAUGAUAGUUUUUGUAGUGUAAUUUGUUUACCGUGGUGACCAUUUUUGUUGUGGUGCAUUUAAUAUCCGAUUGUUGAAAAAAUGCUGAUAUUAUGAGUGCAAGAAAUAGUCAGAAAAAUAGUCAUUUUUGUUAGUAAAUGCAGUGAAGUUAAUAUCAAUAUGAUGUAAUUUAAGUUAGAUUUUUUCUUCCCUAAAUGUUUUUGUUUGGACUAAUGCUCACUUUGAAGUGCCUGUUUAAAGAACAGAAAGUAGAAGCCAUAUUAUCUAGCAUAGAAUUAGACUAUUCAUUACAAUUACUGUUAUAAAUACAGGAGUUCUCUAGUUCAGGAUUAAUUCUGAAAAAAGGAUUGAGAGCUUUAAACUCCAGACUAUUGUACAGUUGAUGGGCAUUUGCAUCGAAAACAGUAGAAAUACCCUGACAUUUGAUAUGAUUUCAUAAGGGCCCGUUUACCCUGCCUUGGGCAUGAAUUCCUCCUACUCAAACAGACCAGACUCCCGGCUAUUUUUCAGCAGUGACAUUUAACCACUGUUAGAACCCCUGUUAAAAACUUAAAUUAUUAGCCAUAAUAAUGAAGCAGGUCAGCUUACAACAGACCCUGAUUUAUUGUCCAAAAAUGUAUAAGAAUACUGACUACUGAAUAUCAAAAUGAAUGUGAUUUGCAACAAAAAGUCAAACUGCAUAUAUAUAAGAAGUUGCACAGCAUUUUAGCCAAAAAUUUACCCAAUGAAUUAAUGAAUACAGCUGUAAGAAAAGUUCCCUUGAUAUUUUUUGAAACAUUCCCAUUUUGAAUUUUACUUAUACUACCAUACAGGUGCAUAUGAUUUUCAUCGAUUGUGUUCAGUUCUUUAAUGCAUAUAAUUCUAUAUGUGUAUUCACUCGUUGUAACACUACAAGAGUAACACUGUGUCAAGUUUUGAAAGGUUAUGCAGAAUUCCAUGUUAAUUAAAUAGUACUGCACUUUACAUAAUAUGUGAUCACAAGAUAUUUAUGUUCAUAUUGUAAUUGCUCUAAGCUUGCACUUGCAGUUAAAAUGUUAGUAAGACAUGAGCCAUCUAUGGCCGGCCAUGGAAUGGUUCUGUGUGUAAGACUGAAUUACCGUAAUGUCCUACAUUGUGUUAUAUUAGAACUAUAUCUUAGGUGUUUCUUUACAUGUAUUCCAGUAGGCUUGUUCCAUGAUUACAGUACUGGUUUUUACACUCGUAAUGGACACUAGAAUGAUUCACUUACUGAGUUAGGCUGUAUUUACAAAUUUUAAAUAUUUUCAUUAAUUCAGAUAUAUCUUGUUUACAAAUUAUAAAAUUUGAAUGAAUUCAGGCAAGUAAGACGUUCCAGUGGAAAACACUUCAAAUUUGAAUGUUAAUUUACUUGUUAAGAAAGAUUACUAUAUAUUCCUGAGAUAAAGAUUAACCUUAGCUUGUUUCGUGUACUUCUACAUUCCAUAUAACUUGAAGCAUUGGUUGUUUGUAAGGGAUAUUUUGUAGUUUGAUGUUUGGGAUAUUUUGUUAGCGAAAUGUUGAGAAUGGCACUCAGAAGUUUCUGAGGUUAUUUCUUUAAUUAAUAAGGGAUGAGUACACUAUACAAGUAUAUGUCAUAAUAUUUCUACACCAAAUAAUAUUAUAUUUUCAUGAGGUUGUGUACAAUAUUCAGUCCUACCAAAUGUCUUUGUGAUCUAUUCUAUUUUUUAUAUCAUUUUAUUAAUAAUUAAAAAAAAAAAAAAAUCUAUUACUUUCUUUGUUUUCAAUGUUUACCAUAUAUUCAACGUUUGUUUUCUUUACAGUUUAUAGUUGUGUACAAGUAUGUGAUAUUGUUGUAAUUGUUACAAUUAAGUGUUGUGAUAUAAACAUUUAUGUAUGUCAGUAGGUUAUUAUGAUCUUUAAUCUUCUCCUCAUUUUAUAUUUCUCCCCCAUAUACUUACAUUAGGGUUAUUUUAAUGUACAAAUCUUUUUUGUUAAAUUCAAUGCCGAUCUCCGAAUGUCCAAUGAAUAUAGGCACCAGGACUAUUUUAGGUUGGCAUAAAAUAUGCCUCCUGGCUUUUUGUUUUCUUCUUUUCAACGAAACUGAUCUAGAAAUAACCUAAUUGUAUAGUGUAUAUCGAAUGGAUAUGACUUAGUAAACAUGAAUUAGUAAACUGCAGUCAAUUGUAUUAAACUGGAUAAGUUAUCCACAGGUUUUGACAAGUGUGCACAGAAAAGUAAUCUGAUUGGUGAAUAGUUUUUAUUGGAUAAAUAUUGACCAAUCAGUAUUGUUUUGGGCUAACUUUAACCAAACAAGGGACUUUUAUACAAAUGGCUGCAGUUGUCUUUUUGUUCUAGACUGUCUUGUCUGCCUGUGGCUGUGUCAUCAGAAAUCCUAUGAGUUGUUCUGUAUGUAGGAGUAUUUUCAACAGUAGUAUGGCAUAUAUUGAAUAUGGUACGAAACCACUCCUGAAUUCUUGAUGAAAUAGUGCUCAGGUCUCUGUGUAAAGUUGCUUACUGGUGUAGAAGAAUUUGACAGUUGUUGUCCUGGUAUCUUAUAAUGAAUGGCCUCGUCUAAGAUUUGUUGUCCUGGUAUCUGAUAAUGAAUGACCUAGUUUAAGAUUUGCUGUCCUUUGUAUCUGAUAAUGAAUGGCCUCGUCUAAGAUUUGCUGUCCUUUUUAUCUGAUAAUGAAUGACCUAGUCUAAGAUUUGCUGUCCUUUGUAUCUGAUAAUGAAUGACCUAGUUUAAAAUUUGUUGUCCUGAUAUCUGAUAAUGGAUGACCUUGUUUAAGAUUUGUUGUCCUGGUAUCUGAUAAUGAAUGACCUCGUCUAAGAUUUGCUGUCCUUUGUAUCUGAUAAGGAAUGGCCUCGUCUAAGAUUUGCUGUCCUUUGUAUCUGAUAAUGAAUGACCUAGUUUAAGAUUUGUUGUCCUGAUAUCUGAUAAUGAAUGACCUUGUUUAAGAUUUGUUGUCCUGGUAUCUGAUAAUGAAUGACCUUGUAUAAGAUUUGCUGUCCUUUGUAUCUGAUGAUGAAUGGCCUUGUUUAAGAUUUGUUGUCUUGGUAUCUGAUAAUGAAUGACCUAGUUUAAGAUUUGUUGUCCUGGUAUCUGAUAAUGAAUGACCUUGUUUAAGAUUUGUUGUCCUGGUAUCUGAUAAUGAAUGACCUUGUUUAAGAUUUGUUGUCCUGGUAUCUGAUGAUGAAUAGCCUUGUCCAAGAUUUGUUGUCCUGGUAUCUGUUAAUGAAUGGCCUUAUUUAAGAUUUGUUGAUCUUUAAACAAGGCCUUUAAGACAUUUUUGUUUGCUUUUGCUUAGUAGGGUCCUAGAAUGUGCGCUUCACUCGCUUAUAUGACUUGGAAGUUUAUUUUUAUAGAAUAUUCAUUUUGAAGACAACUUGUUAUGAUCAACUAUUGUAUUAUGGGAAUAGCUUUAUUUUUCUGCAGAUUGUGUUUUAAUUACAAAUUUGAUAUGAAUUCAUAUUAAAUAUCAAUGAAAUGUCAAAAACAAAGUACAUGUAAAAUUUAGUUUAAUUUGAUCAAGACCAUUAGAAGUUACUAUUAUUCCAUGUAUGUGAUGUUGUUUGUAUUGUUUGGUAAACAAUGGUUCUUUUUAAAUUGCUACUUAAUGUCUGCAACAUUUCCUUAGUUGCUAAUAUAAGGAAACCAUUGUACAAUUAUGUGAAUAUCAGAUGCCUGCUAACCCUAUAUUAUUUUGAUAUCCUUUGAAAUGGUUGGGUGCUUAGAAAAAUAAUAUGUAAAAAUAUUCCCAAACAAAUAUUAUAAAGAAGAUGUUAUAUAUAUACCUUUUCACAAACAAUUCCCUUUGAAAUGAAGAACAACUUUAUCAAGGGUGUUUUUUUUGGUCAUUUAUUUUACACAUUCAUUUUUCAGCAAUCAAUACUAUUUCAAAUGAUACAAAAUUAUGCAGGUUUACCAGGCAUACGUAUUUAACACUUUUGGACACGUUGGAACUACUUACAUGUUUACAGCCUUACAAGCUUACUUGUUGACAGGCUUACAAGCUUACUUGUUGACAGGCUUACAAGCUUACUUGUUGACAGGCUUACAAGCUUACUUGUUGACAGGCUUACAAGCUUACUUGUUGACAGGCUUACAAGCUUACUUGUUGACAGGCUUACAAGCUUACUUGUCCUUUGGAUACCUUCAAAUUUGAUCCAUAUAUAUAUUUUUAUUAUAUUAAAAAACAACUAUGUUAUAUAGACUUAAGGCAAACACACACCUAAAUUAUUUUACUGUUAUAUAUUUACCUCUGAGGACCAAUAUUAAAUGUAUUCACUGUGAAAGGAUCAUCGUUUUUUCUUUGAGAUAUACUAAGUUGUAUAUUGUAGCAACAUCACUGUUGGCUACAAGUGAUUUCUUUUUCAUUUCUUUCACUGUUUAUACAACUUAAAUAAUAGCUAAAAGUCAGUUUUUAUAAAUUGAUAUAAAAUUACUGAAAAUAUGACACAAAGAUAAUUUUUCUUUACACUCAAAUCUGUAAGAGGCUCCUGCAUGGCCCCAAUAUCUCAAAAAAUCUUAAGUGUAACAUGCUUAAGUAUCAUAUUGCAAUUAGCCAAAUAACCUGAACUGUGUUUUACAAAAAUUGGUUGAUCAUGAUCAUGAUUAUCAUAAAAAUAAUUUCAAACGGGAAAUGUCAUUUAUAAGUCACAUCACCCUUCAGAAGUAGAAUAUUACAGAAGUUAUUAUAAUAGUUAUACCACAAAAACAGUGUGCUUAUCUCAGCUCGUUUUAAGGAAUUUGAGAUUGUUAGAGAUAUUGGGGUCUGCUGUCCGUACCUUGUUUUUAAAGCUGUCUGUUCUGAACAAUAUACACUAUAAAUGUUCCAACACAUAAUUCUUCAUUCUGUUUUCAGCCUUAUUUUUGUGUAAGCAGUUGUGUGUGUUUGUACGAGUGUAUUUGUGACUCUUGGUCAUAUAGUAUUGCAUAUGCUUCAAUCAAAGAAAAAUAAAGUCAUCAUUUGUUGGAAAA